UCGCCCAGAGUCGCAUUUUCCCCUACAAAGUAACUUCACAUCUGACUGUUGCUGUGUAGCAGAACGUGUGGCAGAGGAGGCAGGGCAGUCAGACUGCUACGAAAUACUCGGGUUUCUUUGCAGAACAGCAGCCAGGCCAGGGACAGCACCCUGCAGGAACCUCAGGCAGAGCUGAGUACCCAACAGCAACAGUUCCAGGGAGCAACCCCCUUUCCCUGCUGGCUCCUCGGGAGGCUUUCCUUACAAGGCAUUCGAUGAGCACAAAGACACAGAAGAUAGAUAACCACCUCCAGUGCCGGUAAAACCAGAGCCACGCCACAGAGGGGGAGGAGACUCCCUUUUAUUCACCUGUUACUCACCUGCGGUCACGCCGAGAUCUCCCUGUCACUGCUGCAGCAGCUCCCAGGGAGCCGCCGGUCCCGGGGCUGCCCCUGCGGGUCGGCGGAGCCCCCCGAGGGCCCCGGGGCCAUGCGGCUGUGGGAGCGGGCGGUGCCGGGGGCCCGGCGGCGCUGGGCGCUGCUCCUGCCCCCGCUGGCCCUGCUGGCCGCAGCCCUGGCCCUGCGAGAGGCCGCCCGGCCCUGCCCCGCCGACCGGCCCCGCUGCCGGCAGCGCCUGUACCGCGCCCUGGAGCUGCCCCCCGGCCGCGGCAUCAACUGCUCGGGCAUCGUCCGCGGAGACCGCAGGGCCAUCGAGGAGGCGCAGCUCCGCAACCUGGAGGUGGCGAACAGGAGGGCUCCGCUGACGCCCGGCCACUACCUGAACAUGACGAGGGACUGCAGCGCCUUCAGGCAGACCCGGCGCUUCAUCGAGUUCCCGCUGAGCCAGGAGGAGGCGGAGUUCCCCAUCGCCUACUCCAUGGUCAUCCACAACAAAAUCGAGAUGUUCGAGCGGCUCCUGCGCUCCCUCUACGCCCCCCAGAACGUCUACUGCGUGCACGUGGACAGCAAGUCCCCGGCCGCCUUCCAGGAGGCCGUGCGGGCCAUCGCAGGCUGCUUCCCCAACGUCUUCGUGGCCAGCCGCCUGGAAAACGUGGUCUACGCCUCCUGGUCCCGGCUGCAGGCCGACCUCAACUGCAUGCGGGACCUGCUGCGGAGCCCCGUGCCCUGGCGGUACCUGCUCAACACCUGCGGCACCGACUUCCCCAUCAAGACCAACGCCGAGAUCGUGCGCGCCCUGAAGGUGCUGCAGGGCCGGAACAGCAUGGAGUCGGAGAAGCCCUCGGCGGCCAAGCGGGCGCGCUGGCAGUUCCACCACGAGGUGGGGAAGGCCAUCUCCCGGACCGACAUAGAGAAGCUGCCGCCGCCCCUCAACUGCCCCAUGUUCACGGGCAACGCGUACAUCGUGGUGACACGGGGCUUCGUGCGGCACCUCUUCGAGAACCCCACGGCACAGAAGUUCCUCGAGUGGUCCAAGGACACCUACAGCCCUGACGAGCACGUGUGGGCCACCCUGACCCGCAUGCCGGGCGUGCCGGGGGCCGUGCCCCACAACGACAAGUUCCAGCUGUCGGACAUGAACGCCCUUCCCCGCCUGGUCAAGUGGGCGUACCUGGAGGGCGAUCCCAGCAAGGGCGCGCCGUACCCGCCCUGCACCGGCCGCCACCAGCGCUCCGUCUGCAUCUACGGGGCGGGCGACGUGCCCUGGAUGCUGCAGCAGCACCAUCUCUUGGCCAACAAGUUCGACCCCGAGGUGGACGAUGCCGCCAUCCUGUGCCUCGAGGAGCACCUGCGCCACAGGGCCCUCUACGGCCACGGGCUCUGAGGGGACCCGAGGGACCCCCGCCGGCACUGCCGCCCUCCCGGGCCAGCACUGCCGCCCUCCCGGGCGAGCCCCGCCGAGGGCGCCGCGGGGACACCGGGAGGGGAUCCCUCUGAUCCCCCCAAUCCCUGCUGGGCACGGACCUCGGGGACAGCGAGAGGGGAUCCCCCUGCGACCCCCGAGCCCUGCCGGGCGCGCACCUCGGCGGGCCCCGAGGGAAGCACCGCGGUGACCGCGCAGGGCUGGCCGGGGCUCGGCGGAGGGAAGGGCGGGCGGGCUCAGCUCUGCCCUGCCCUGCUCUGCCCCCGCCCCGCGGCUCCCGCCGCCCCUCCUCGCACAGACCGGCUGCAGGAGCGCGCGGGGCGUUUUCUCUUCCCUUGCCGGGCUUUGUUCGCAGAAGUGACCCCAGGGCUGCUGCUCGUACCCGGGCAGGGCCGGGGCACGGGCCAGGCACCUGCACGUCCUGCCAGGAGCGGAGCU